AUGAGUCAGAACCAACUGCACUUUGCAGAGAAGAAUUGUCGACUUCUUGAACGUAUCGAGGAGUUCCUAGCCAACUACACUCAAGAUGCAAAAAUGGAAGAGUCAGAACCUAUCAUGGAAAACAUAGAAGCACACCUGCCUGCCGAGCAAGAUGUUGUUGACCAUAACGUAGAACCCACCAACCCAGACCACGGCGAAUGCGACUCAGCAGCUCCCGUUGAUCUAGAUCACGGUCCCUUCAUGCAGAACAUUCACUUCGAAUCUCUGCCCGCGAACUGGCAGAACGAAGUUGGCAUGCAUUCUGAUUUCUAG